UUUUCAUUACAACUUGUAAAGUGAAAAAGAUAAGAGUUUGCAUAAUAUGCCUGGGAUGGUAUGAAGCGCAGAGGCAAAGUCCACACAGCGGGACACCGUUUCAAAGAGACUGAAUGCUCUGUGGAAACUGCACAAUUCGUCAUGAUCGUCUACAACAGAUCGGAUCAAACGCUCAUCGGCCUUCUCAUCGUCGUGAUGGCGGCAGCGGAGGUGCAGGAAAAGCUCUCACCUGAGUGUAAACAGUUCCUGUACAUGGGCACGCUGCCUCGGGGGCUCGAGGAGCAGCCUUUUAAAAAGAUUUGCCAGUUCUACAAGGGCAACCCGCGAUUUGUCACCCUGUACGACACCAUCAACCACAUCCCUGUAUAUUCGGCGUACACCUUCAAGCGCUCGGACGGCUCCAAGAAGGUUGAUGUGCCUUGGAUGUACGAGCCACAGCUCUCCACAGUGUCUGACUCUCGUGAGAUGCAGCAGUUCCCUUCAGAAAACGUCCACAAGAAUUUUGAGGACGCUCAGGCCGUGCUUGACGACUACUCUAACUCUGUGAAAUUUGAACGUGGCCAGCUGAAUCCAGACGAGCACCAGGCCCACCCAAACGACAAAGCAUCCACCUACACCCUGACGAACGUGGUCCCCCGAGCCAGAGAGUUCAACAUUGGGCCCUGGAAGAACCACGAGCGCACCAUCCGCAGGCGGCUCAACAACUACUGUCGUGGCACCGCCUAUGUGGUCACCGGGGUCACCACCUCGGGCCAGACAAUCCGCCGCCACAACAUCAACCGCCUGGGCAUCCCCACCUACUUCUGGUCGGCCUACUGCUGUGUUGAUUUUGACCACAAUGCGCCGUACUCAGAGCGCUCAAAGUUUCCUGCGUUUGCAGCUCAUGGGCUCAACGAAAGGGAGGAUAGUAAGGUUCAAGAGAUGACGGUGCAGCAGCUGGAGGAAUUCCUGAAGAAAGUAACUUACGUUGCCAGCUCUUUCCAGAUCUUCUAUGACAACUGUUUGCCUCUUAAUAGUGGGAACAUUGCCCUGCACCUGCCUUGAGAAAAUGGGGAUGGGUCCUUCAUAUUUAGUAGAUUCGACAUUCCCACCAGUGUCGAUAAUCAACAUUUAGCAGCUGAGUAGGAGUGAAUCGUUUCAUAUUUAUUUUAAUCAAUGUACUCUAAAUUCUACAGUUUCCUUGAUUGAACUAAACUUGUCGCCCACAUGUCUCAAUUUGAUUCCCAUCCAAUUUACAGUUUUGCAUAUAAUUGCUUUGUGGCAGCUUGUUUGCUGUUUAAGAUGUUAGUCACACCACUAUUACUCUGGUUGUUGUUAUAAUUGGACUAAUCUUCACUUAUUUUAUGAUGUAUUUACUCUGUAUUUUUUAGUUUAACAAAAUAUACUUUAUUAAAAAGGUCCAGUUACUAGCUUCUCUGAGCUGUUUGCAAAAGAUGAUGUCAUUGAAGGCUCUAAAGAGCUACUAAGUGGACUUGUGAGCUUAUUUUGUUACAUAUACUGAUCCUCCAUGUUAACAUUUGUCAGAAAAUAUAAAAAUAUCCCAAUUUGUAACCAAAGUACAUUUCAAAUCUCUGCAAAUUCUCCAAUAAAUAUAUUUCAACUAUGUUGAGUCCGAUGGUGCAUAAACUCGCCAU